AUGAGCAAGGCCAGUUUCUUUGCCGCCCUCGAGAAUUUGGAUGAUUCAGACGAUGAGCCUCAAGAAGGACUUUCUUUCCAAAAUCUCCUUGCUGCUUCUCGUCCCUUCCUCGAUAUUGCAAGCCAGGCUGCCACGACAAGCAUCGCUUCUGCCAACCCGCCUUGUUUGACCCGAGCAAAUACCGAACCUGCGUCGUCCGGAAAAACGUCCGAAGACUGCACUGAGAUUCAGCGGGAUGAGUAUUAUUUACUCAACAAACCAACUGGGCAAAAAUUGAGAACAGUCAAGCGCUCGAAUACGACAGGUACAAUGCCAGGCACCCAGGUCAAAGGUUCUUCGACGACGAAGAGGAAAGCAGAUGCUCUCAAAUCCAUCCCGGAAGAGCGGCAACUGUUCAAAGGCCUUGUAUUCUUCUUUAUCCCGAACGACGACAUCGCUCCCGCUCGCCGACUACGUAUCCAACGGGCCCGAGAAUACGGUGCACAGUGGACUCGACAAUGGGGAACCCAUAUAACUCAUGUCGUCGCCGAGAAAAGACUAACCUACCAAAAUCUGAUCGAUUACCUUAAGCUUGAGUAUUUCCCUAUAGAUAUGGCUCUUGUGAACGAAAACUACCCUCCUGAAUGCAUCACAUACCGAUCACUUCUGGAUCCAUUAUAUACUCGAUUCCAGGUUGCUGGCAUGCCGGCACCUGCUGCAAAGGAAGAGCCAACGCCGGCAGUCGAGCCGAAGACGGUCGACUCAUUACCCUUGAAACGACCGAGGAGAGAAAGAGAGAUCUCACCAGAGGGACCACAAAGUCUACCUAAAGAGGAGAUUUCCUCUAGGCCUCAGAUCUCGGAACCUGUCGACGACGAGCCCCCAAAAGAUGCGGAGAUCGAGACAGAACCCCGUGAAAGGGAUGCACUAGAUGAUAUAAUCACUGAAAGCAAGGUUACAAGUCACCUGCCACUCGACUCGGAUUCAGAGUCUCUAGACGAAGCAUCUGAUGGGGAAUCUGACUCGUCAGAAUCUGGACCGGCCAAGAAAAAGGCACGAACUGCAGCAUACGGUGAAAGCCAGGCGGAUCCCUCCUGGACGAGAGGUUUCGCUUGCAUGCGCAAGUCUGACCCUAGUGCAUCACGAGAUAAUCCAAAUGUGCGAACAAUCGAGGUUUUGCAAGAGAUGUUGGAUUACUAUACGCGAAAUGCCGAUCAAUGGCGGGUCAUGGCUUAUCGUAGGGCCAUCAAUACCCUCCGAAAUCAAAAGGAGAAGAUUGCGACACGAAAGCAAGCGUUGGCUCUUUCUGGCAUCGGAACACGAUUGGCAGACAAGAUCGAGGAGAUCGUACGCACCAAUCACCUCCGCCGACUUGACUAUGCCAAUUCCUCGCCCGAAGAUCUAGCCAUUCAAGAAUUUCUUGGAGUAUAUGGUGCUGGACUCAGUCAAGCUACAAAAUGGGCAGCACGGGGUUAUCGGUCACUGGAGGAUCUUCGCAACAAGGCCUCUCUCACCCCGAACCAGCGCAUCGGAGUGGAGCACUACCACGAUUUUGCGCAACGUAUCCCACGCAAGGAGGUCGAGGCCCACGGGGCGAUCGUUCGACGUGUGGUCGAGACAGCCGACAAAGACAUGCAGGUGAUCAUCUCGGGCUCUUACCGCCGCGGGGCACGGGAUUCGGGAGACAUCGACUGUUUGAUCACCAAGCCGGGUGCUCCGUUGGAUGAGGUUCGAACCAUCGCCACGGCUGUAAUUGUACCGAAGUUAUUUGAAGAAGGGUUCCUUCAGGUCGGACUGGCCACUUCUCGCCGUCACAACGAUGGAUCGAAGUGGCAUGGGGCAUCCUGCCUGCCGGGGAGUAAGGUCUGGCGACGAAUCGAUCUACUUUUUGUGCCAGGGCCUGAGCUGGGAGCCGCUUUGCUAUAUUUCACUGGGAAUGAUAUCUUCAAUCGAAGCAUGCGAUUACUUGCACGGAAAAAGCGGAUGUGUCUAAACCAGCAUGGAUUAUUUGGGGAUGUCCUUCGAACUGGGCAGGUGAAGACCAAUCCGGGUCGGUUGUUGGAGGCACUUGAUGAACGACGGAUAUUCGCGUUACUGGGGGUGCCGUGGCGAAAACCAGAGGAGCGAAUUUGCUGA